AUGGAACUGCUUUCAUUCGCCCAACAAACACGUUAUGAACCAGUGUGCUGCCUACCUGUUCCACUGCCAGUGAUUUAUCUGUGUCGUCCCCUUCUUAUAACCCUUCUCGUUAUUUGGCAGGGGCCGGCCGUCUGGAGGCUUUGGCGGAUCUGGUGCGCCCAGGUAACCAAAGGCGCCAUCCUCGCUGACGCUGUGGGCCUCGGGAAGACAAUCGAAUUCAUUGCAUUCAUUCUGACAGUGGCCCGGGACAAGCGCAAGAAGCUGCAAGCAGGCGAGAAAUUCACUACCAAGCCUACUUUGAUUGUGACGUUUGUCUAUUUCGGUGAUAAUCGGACACAGACGGGAAGCUCCCUCUAUGUCAAGAAUAAGUUGACUAAAAAGCAUCCGAUGUUUCAGCCAGAUUUCGAUGGCAGAUAUUCAAUGGUACUUACUACCUACAAUACUCUUGAGAAGCGCCAUGGUCUCUCUGCAGUCUCUGAGUGGCACAAGAACAAAUACUCGGAGAAGUAUAAGCCGACUGAGUCCAUCCGAUCCGACUUUCCGCACAGUCUUGGUGGAUGCUUUGACCUCGUCAUAUGCGACGAGGCCCAUUAUCUGAGGAACAGAACUUCAGGUAAUACUGCUGGGCUUUCUGAAUUGCAUAUUGUUUACGACCAAUGA